AUGGCAGGAAGUUCCGAGAAAGCGGCAGCUCCAGCUACCGCUACCAUCGACCUCGCGUGCGUCAAGUGCGGCCGCGACGUGUCGGAAGCCGACGCCUUUUGCAUCUACUGCGGCACCAAAGUCAGUUUCUCCCUCUCGCAGCGCAAGCUGCCAGCCGUCCCGACGCCAGCCGCCGACACCGCCACUCCAGCCGCAACGUCGCCUCCACCUCUUCCAGCUCCACCUCUGCCAGCUCCCGCUCCAGCCACCAAAGCGUCCGAGCCGAAACCCGCAGCUGUGGUGCCUCCUAAACCGACCGUUCCAGCGCCUGCUCCGGUUCCAACCGCAGCUAAAAAACCGGACCCCGAGCCAAGACCAACGCCGACCCCCGCCGUGACCGUCAGUCGUCCCCUGCCCAGCAGCGCCCCCUCCAUGGCCUCGUCCAGCACGAACGCGACCGCCGCACACGCAUCGCCCAUGCCUCCGUCCGUGUCGCUGUCGGCCUCUCAGCGUCGACCGCUGCCGGCCGCCCAGUCGUCGUCGUCGUCCAUGGCCUCGCGCGCCCCCAGCGAAGGCCGGAUGAACGAACACAGCGGCCGCGGGUCGCUGGACGGCGUCCCGUCCGACGUUGCCGGUCUAGAGAAGCUCUGGGUGCCUGAUAACUUUAGCAAUGAAUGCAUGGACUGCAAAGCGACGUUCGGGUUCCCGAAACCCCGUCGCCACCAUUGCCGCGUCUGCGGGCUGCUCUUCUGUCGGCCCUGUGUGAACCACAAGAUCCAAGUGCCGGCGUCCUUUGGCUACGGCAACGCGCAGCAGCGCUGCUGUCGCAAUUGCAUCACGGCGUUGCAGAUGAAGGCCAUUACGACUCCUGCAGACGUGUUCGCCCAGCGUCGUGGACCCGUGACGCGGCCCACGUCCGGCCAAGAGAGUUACGACGUGCUUGGCGUGUCCAAGGACGCGACGCCGGAGGAAAUUGCCGCGCAGUACAAGAAGAAGUCGAGACUGAUGGACCCGACCAAGGUGGAGGACCAAGAGACGCUCGAGAAGAUCAAUGACGCGUACCGGAACUUGCAGGACCCGAACGCCCGGAGUCGCGACGAGUCGGGACGCUCGCGCGAGUCGAGUGUCUUGAGUAACGACGCCACGAGUCACUUUGUCUCGGACACGGCACGGAGCGACCAAACCGAGUGUCAGGUGUGUUUCCGCCCGUUCAAGCUCGGACGACGGCAGCACCACUGUCGGCGCUGUACGAGGAGCGUCUGUACGCAGUGUAGUGUCGAGUCCAAGCCGAUUCCGGAGCUCGGGUUCCCUGUACCCGUGCGGCAUUGUACGUCGUGUAAUGAGAACCCGCCCAAGUUCAUCAAGCCCGUGAUGGAUCCGGUGUCGAAACCACCUGCUGGCUUUGAGUACUUGACGAAGCUCGACAUUUUGGUGGACAUUGCUGCCAAGUCGAAUGGGAACACGCCGGACACGGAGACGUACAUGUUGAAGACGUACUGUGAGCCAAAUGAAGCUGCAGCUCGCGCUGCGAAUUACACGGUGACCGAGUCGGACCGAGCAGUCACGCACGAGUAUCAGAUCCUGGAAGAGCGCAGCAUGGCUGACUUUGAGUGGCUGUUUGUCAAGCUCGGGGACUUCUCGAACCCGAAAGCGCUGCCGAACUUUCCUGACAAGCGCACGUCGCGUGGUGAGCGGGAGAAAGUGUUGCAGACUUUCUUGUACGGUUGCAUGCUGCACCCGCUGUUGCGUGAUGCGGAUUGUUUGAAGGCGUUCUUGGCCUUGCCGACGGACCAGUUGCGUCAGCUCCAGAAGAGCGGGAACAAGUCCAUGUACGACACGGACGAGUACAAUACGCUGAUCAAGUCGUUGCGUCUCGAGCUCGAGAAGGCGCAGAUUCGUACGAAGGUGAACGGUCUGAUCGAUCGCCAGAAGAAGCAAAAGAUGCGUCUCGCGCAGCAAGCUGCUCGUGCAGAGGAGCAGAAGAAGCGUGACGCCGCGCAGAACAUACGUCGUGAUCAGGCUGUCUUUCGUUUCAAAGCGCUCGAAGCGCGCAAGGAGACACAGACGGAGCGUAUGGAGCGUGAGAAGGAGCGCUAUGAGAAGCAGUCGAGCACCACGCACAUUCUGUUCUUUGACGUUGUGCGUGAUCAGUCGGUGCGUAACACGGAGGAAGAGACGCGGAUCAAGGAGAAGGUCGAGUUCACCAAGUCGAAAGACAGCUUCCAGCAAGACACGACACAAUGGAACAACGACAUGGCUCAGUGGUCGAAGCACCGUGCUGACUGGUCGGAGGCUCACAACCCCGCUGUGUCGAAGGAUAUUGCCAACGACUUUAUCGUGCAUUCGUACGGUAUUUUCCACUCGUCGCAGGACCAAAAGAACAAGGUGCCACGCGAGCUUGUUGACCUGCACACGCAGUUUGUCAAGAUUCAGGAGAAGGAACCGGAGCUCUUGGAGGAAGAAGGGAAUCUCGUCGAUGGGGAGUGGAUGAAGCUUGCCAAGGAACGUGAGCACUGGACGAGCAGCCGUGCGAACAUGAAGCGUGAAGACGAAAUGUGUCGGGAUGAGGACACUCGCUACAAACAGGAGCACGAGUACGUGCGUCUGGAGGCUGAGGCUCGGCAGAAGAAGGUGAAAACCAUUGAGGCUGACCUUCUGGCACUCAAGACGGAGAUCAAUGCCCGCACACGCUCAAUUGCUCAGCGCCGCUCGCGCCACCAAGCUCUCGAUGAAGAGUACGAGCAGGAGUGGCGCGUCGUGCAAACUCAGCGCAUUAACACCACUAAGCUCCGUUUGGAUGAACAUACUGCACGUAUUACUCGUGGCACGAAGCGGACGGAUGUCUUCAGUGACCAGCUGGCCCGCCAGAUCAAGUCGCAGCGUAUGCUGCUGUUCAAGCGCGCUGCUCUCACCGAGGAGCGCAAGGCAGACUGCAUGCUGUUUGAUGAGCACUGUGAGGAUUGUAAAAAUACUCUGGAUGAAGCCCGCAAUGCUCUGGUCAUCACGCCCGAGUACGUUGCUCGUCUGGAGGCCGACAUGAAGGUUCGUGCGAGCGAGCUACACGCUGUGAAGGACAGCAACAAGCGCAUCCCGCAGGAGGGUGGCGAUGUCGAGGUGGACGAGCGUGACGAGUUUAUGAACGACGUCCGCCGCCGCCGCGCGCAGUUCCAGAAGGAGUUGGAUGACCAGGCUGUUCAGCUUGAGACUGAAAACAAGCUUUGCGCGUCUUUGUUGGAACGCAUGAACCAGCACAUUAAGAGCCUGGAGGAGGAGGUGAAGAACGCCACGCAAGAAGAGAAAAUGAUCGACCAGUUUGACAAGCUGAUAGAAACGGAGACGAAACUUUUGGCGGACGAGGAAGCCAAGCGCGAGGAGAAGAAGCGCCAAAUUACUGAGUUGAUGAACAACGCUGGCAAUUGGGUGCUCGAUGCUUUGCACGGCCACUCGAGCCGCAAAAAGGUUGAGGCGAACCGUCUUGUCAAGCAGGCCGUCCGUGCUGCUGAUCUGCAGAAGCUGGUGCAGCAUUUCACGCAUCGUGUGAUCGACCAGGAGGAGCGUAUUAUGCGCCAGAAGCAGCGUAUCUUGAAUGGCGAGCACAAGGUGGAGAUGCUGAAGUCGUCGGAGAACUGGUACCAGUACGUCACUGGUCACGCUGCCGACCUUGGCAAGAAGGACAUGAAGAUUCUUGAAGCAGGCCGCAAUGAGCGUACUGAGGACUUGAAGGAGUCUUCACGUCUACAGAAGGAUGAUGAAUUGGACAUUAAAAACGUCGUGAAGGAGCUCGCUAUGAGUCGCGAUUACGCAAGCGAGAAGGUGGAAAAGCGUCAGGUCUGGGCCAAAGUCGAAGAAGUGUACAGCGUUUCGAAGCCACAGGAGAAGGACGAGGACAUGAUGAUGACGUCGCAAAUCCGUAGUCUUCUGCAACAGCUGGCUGAGGCGUUUGAGAUGCUGACGAACCGUCUUUUGGAGGAGGAGGAGAGCUUGCAGCACGCUUCGUCGCAGCUUGAGGGUGAGAUCGACUCGAUCAACGCUUUCAUGGAGCGCAUGGACAGUGAGGAGAGUGCUUUGUGCGCGACUGAGAAGACUUCGCUUGCGAAGGAGUCGCAUGUGCGUCGCUCAGAGGCUGAUCUGAUCGAGCAGCGUGCGCGUGCUCUGAUUGACAGCUACAAGCAGAUGCAGGCCGAGCACAUGAAGUACCCUGUCGAGUUGGGCAAGGUCAAGAGCCGUCGCGCUGACCGUGAGAAGCCGAUUCUGCCGCGUGAGGCCGAGCUUGAGGCCGCAAAGAAGCUUAUUAAGAACCGCAACUACUACGACCGAAAGGCGUGCGCUGAGUUUGCGAAGCGUUUUAAGGUGGACCAAGAGAUGAAGGAGGUGCGUGAUGUAUUCGACUGGCUGAAGUUUGUCAUUGAGCGCGACAUUAAGCGCAUGGAGAAGUGGCUUGACUCGAGCCGCAAGGAGCGUAAGGAGAUCGAGAACCUGAAGGUGAAGGGCAGGGAGAUUAACUGGGACGAAGACACUCUCGAGCGCAUUCCUGCGCUCAAGAGUAUUCAGAAGAAGAUGGCUCGUCAGAACGGCUCAUCUACGGGUCACAAGGGCAGCAACAACGAGGCCAAGCUUGCUGAUGCAGUGCACCCGUCAGAGCAGUGGAUUGUGGAGCUUCUUAAGUUCAAGAAGAACAUCUCGGAGAUCGACAUUAAGCUGCUGAAGGAGAUCAGCGUGACGAUCGACGCGGCUGUGAGCGAGGAGGAUGCGGUGAACGCGAACUUGAAGAAAAUGAAGACGGACAAGGAGUACGUGCUCAACAGCAUUCGCUUCAUUGACCAGGAAGAGGCCAAGGCUAUUCGCAGUACGGGUAAGGGUGGCGUUCCUGGCCGCCAUAGUCCAGGCUCGGAGAGCGGCAGUUAUGCGAACGGCGAUGAGCAGCCGACCCCGAAGGCUCGCACUCCGUCACCAAACCCAGCGCGCGCUCCAUCACCGAGCCCAGCGCGUGCUCCGUCACCGAGCCCAGCGCGCGCUCCGUCACCGAGCCCGGUACGUGCUGCGUCGCCGGCUCCGUCGAAGCCAGCGACAUCGCCGCGUAAAUCGCCACCAAGUAGCUCGAAGUCGGUGCCUUCGGCACCAGCACCCGCGCCGCGUCCUGCUUUGGCAAAACCUCGGUCGGAGGAGUUCUAG